CGCAAACAGGGAAAACAUCACUGCACUGAGAUCAGAGUUGAGUUUGAAGACUUCAGAAGCGCGUUCUUCAAACUCAUGAAGAAUUAAUACAGCACCACUUGAACCUGAAACAGCUCAAAAAUACAAGCAGCAUGACAGGCCAAGUGUUGGUGGAGAGCAUGGAUUUAUCAGCUCACAGGCUCUCUGUGAAGACGUCUGUUGAGGAUGAGUCCGAGCGCGCUGAUAGCACUCUCAGCCGUGGUCAGUCCAUAUGUGAUGACACAUCCUCUGAGUUACAGCGAGUGGCCUCCCUCGAAGCGCGUGGACUGAACUCACAGAACUCCUUCCGUGGCAGAGGGGCGCUGUCAAGGUUGGUGAGUAUGGUGGUCACUCUUAGAGAAUGGGCCCAUAAAAGCUUGCAGGAAGAGGAGGAAAGGCCCGACUCUUUCUUAGAGCGCUUCAGAGGACCCGAACUCCAAAUUGCUCCCAGUCGGAUAAGUAUCAGACCCGAUGCUCAAGAUGGAUCCAACAGUGCCAAAACCAAGAAAAAGUCUGAUGUUUUCAUAUUGGCACCCGCCGAUAACCUGUACUACCGCUGGCUGUUUGUUAUUGCCACAGCUGUAUUGUACAACUGGUGCUUUGUGGUGGCUAGGGCCUGCUUUGAUGAGCUUCAAACCAGGAACUUCAUUCUGUGGCUGGUUUUGGAUUAUCUCUCUGAUGUCAUUUAUAUACUGGACACCUGUGUGAGACUGAGAACAGGUUUUCUCGAGCAGGGUCUUCUAGUGAAGGACCUUACCAAGUUAAGAGAAAGCUAUUUUCACACAAUGCAGUUCAAGCUAGACCUGCUAUCCAUGCUACCAACGGAUCUAGCGUACAUCGCCAUUGGCAUUCACGUGCCAGAGCUGCGUUUCAAUCGACUGAUGCGCUUCUCACGUCUCUUUGAGUUCUUCGACCGCACCGAGACCCGCACAAACUACCCCAACAUGUUUCGCAUUUGCAACUUGGUGCUCUAUAUCCUAGUCAUCAUUCACUGGAACGCUUGCAUCUACUUUGCCAUCUCCAAGUCUCUGGGGUUCGGAUCCGACCAGUGGGUCUACCCAAACAUCUCUGACCCUGAGUUUGGGACACUCACUCGAGGAUACGUCUACUGCCUCUACUGGUCAACCCUCACACUGACCACCAUUGGGGAAAUGCCGGCUCCGGUGCGGGAUGAGGAGUAUCUUUUUGUUGUUUUUGAUUUCCUUGUUGGCAUUCUCAUUUUCGCCACCAUUGUUGGUAAUAUAGGAGCCAUGAUAUCAAACAUGAAUGCCACACGGGCCGAGUUCCAGGCUCACAUCGAUGCCAUCAAACACUACAUGCAGUUCAGAAAGGUCAGCAAAGAGCUGGAAGCCAGAGUCAUCAAAUGGUUCGACUACCUGUGGACCAACAAGAAAGCAGUUGAUGAGCAGGAUGUCCUAAAGAAUCUGCCCAACAAACUGCGGGUUGAGAUCGCUAUCAACGUGCAUCUGGAUACACUGAAGAAGGUCCGAAUCUUCCAGGACUGUGAAGCUGGGCUUUUGGUGGAACUGGUGCUCAAGCUGCGGCCACAGAUCUUCAGUCCCGGGGACUACAUCUGCCGAAAGGGGGACAUAGGAAAAGAGAUGUACAUCAUCAAAGAGGGCCGCCUUGCUGUUGUGGCCGAUGAUGGGGUGACGCAGUUUGCACACUUAACAGCCGGCAGCUGCUUUGGCGAGAUUAGCAUCCUCAACAUCAAAGGCAGCAAAAUGGGCAACCGACGCACCGCCAACAUCCGUAGCAUCGGCUACUCUGACCUCUUCUGUCUGUCAAAGGAUGACCUGAUGGAGGCUGUAAUGGAGUAUCCGGAUGCUAAGAGAGCUCUGGAAGAGAGGGGGAGACAGAUCCUUCUGAAGGAGGGUCUGCUGGAGGAGCUGGACGCAGGUGGCAUGGAAGAAGAACGGGUGGAGGAGAAAGUGGAGAGGCUGGAAGCUUCUCUUGAAAUACUACAGACUCGGUUUGCUCGGUUACUGGCCGAGUACACAGCGACUCAGCUGCGCCUGAAGCAGAGGCUUACGGCACUGGAGUGUAGGACACGGCACUCUGGCAGCGGCUUCCUCUCGGAUGGCAAUGAAAGCACUGUUGACGGCGACGGUACACACAGUGAGGUCAACAUCCAGCUCUGAGCACUUGCUUCUGAGACAGAACCUUAUACAGUACAGUUAGGGUGACCAUACAAGCCAUUUUCCAAGGACGCGUCCUUUCCAGGAUUUCUAGAUUGCCUAAAACCUCCAAAGUAGUUUGACCAGUAACAUGCAGGUAUUGUACAUAAUCGACCAAUCAUGGUGUGUGUGAAGGUGAGAUCUACAGGGAACAUUUAAAGCAAUGUAAAUACACCUACAUGUUAGGUGUUUCUUCGUUCGUUCAACUUGAAGCAUCACUGCGCAACGAUCAUUGUAUGACAACAAAGUAUCAAGAGAAUGAUCUAUAGUGGUCUCUAUAGCUCUUAUGAAUGUCAUACAAUGAUCAGUCUACACAGUGCAAACAGCCAAAACCUGGAUAUUUAAGGCAAUAUAGAAAUCCUGGCAAGGACACGUCCUGGGAAAAUGGCUCAUAUGGUCACCCUAGUACAGUGGUCUUAAUAAUUAUUCAAUAGCGAUACUAUAUGAACACUAGAAAGAACAUAUAAUUGUAUGUGGAACUGUUUCAUAAAUGCCAUUGGAACAGACCUCUUAUAAAACAUAACAAGCUUUUGCCUACGCCAUUUAAAGGUGUACUUUUUUAGCAUUUUGUGUGUUUUGCUAAAAGUUUUGCUAACAGUUUCCCACAUAAAAAAUGAACAGCACUUAUCAAUUUUCAAGAAACAAAAAAAAAAAAAAAGACUUUAUGUUUUAUUGUGGAAAGGUACCAAUCAUCCUUUAUUAUUACUGCCAUGUUGAGAUCACAUGAACAGCGAUGUCAUGCAAUGUACUUGCUAAUGCUUAUUACGGGGGGCUCUUCAUGUUUAUUUUAUGUUAGCUGUGAUGCUGAAUUUCUAGCACCACAUAAAAAGAAAAUCAUAUUGACCUGAUUUGUAUUAUUAUUAUUAUUGUGGUUAUAUGGCAGAAGUUUCCUGCGCUAGUUUCUGUUGGUUG